AAAGAACACUAGAAUAAUUUACACCAGCUCAGUGGGACAAAGAUGAGUGGCAUCCCCUGCUUGGUCCAUGGCGUUUCAUUCAAGUUGUUAGUCUUUGUAUUGGUAGUUGCUAACAGAUUACCAGUCUCUGCUGUAAGGAAAGGUGAAGAUGUAUGGCAUUUAGAGAUUAGUGCUGGGGGUUUAGUCAGUGCUCUUCUGGAUUCAGAUCGCUUUAUACGUGCACUGGAGCUUCCUCAAGUCCAGGAACACAUCAGAGAACUUAAAGAAAGAUUUGUUGGGCGGAAGUUUUAUGGUGCAACAACAUUUUUCAUUCAUAGAUCAGACUUUAGUGUCUCCUUGAUUAUGCUUUAUAUGAAGGCAGAAAGAACAUUUUUAAAGAGAGACUGCCGCAGUCUGAUGCAUCCACAAGCAGUUGUUGCUGAUUCUGAUCUUCAUCUUGAAUUUAUGGCUGUUCAGAUCUCUAACUAAUGGUUGGAGAGAAAGACAGUUAAGAGGAAAAGAGUUUUUGCUCGAACAUAUUGUUCACCUUCUUGCCAAUGAGCAAUCACAACUUCGUGUUCUUGAAGAAGCUGAACCCAAAUAGUGACUUUUGGCAGUCUAAACUGUUGCUUUGAAUAUCAAACUUCUUCUGAUGUGGCCCCCAGUGCAUUUGUCACAAAUUGAAGCAGGGCAGGUGCAAAAAUAGUACAUUGCAAGAGUUAUUGGGGCAUUUCCCAAGCAUGAGGUAUGUAAAGCUGU